AGCUCACCAAACAGAUCCCGGAGCUCAACGAAUUCCAGUGCGGUAUCUGUCAUAUCCAUAUAAUGCACACUUCGGCGAGUCUGGCCAUCAAUGAGAACUGGGAUCCAGACGUUCGCGAAGAUAUGGAAAUGUUUCUCUCGAGACUUAUUCCUGAAACCACACCAUUCCGUCACUCCUGUGAAGGACCCGAUGAUAUGCCGGCGCACAUCAAAGCAUGUUUUUUGGGCUCGUCGUUGACAAUCCCAGUGAGCGAUGGUAAGCUAAACCUGGGCACCUGGCAGGGAGUGUGGCUCUGCGAGCACCGCAAUCGGGCCGGCAGUCGCAAAGUGACGGUCACUAUAACGGGCGCACUAAAGCCCGGCGCG